AUGGAGGAUCCCUGGACCCAUAAGUGGGAACAGGUCCGGGUUCCUCAUGAAGAGGCGGAGAAGCGUCGUCAGUUGGGACUGAAACCUCGGCCUUCGUAUUGGGGAGAAACGGAGGCAAAGGAGUGGAGAAGAAAGCUCCGCGAGGAACGGGAGGCAGUGGCCCCAGGUAACAGGAAGAAGACAAAGCUUCCAAGCCAGCAGACAGCCCAUACAGCUGGGAACCUGUACAAAUCUAAUGGGAAGCAUUUCAGCAAGAAUUCAAACCUCAGGUUCUACCAGGCAGAUGAUGCUCGAGACAAACCCUACCAGGGCCAGGAGUGUGUGAAAUAUUUUCUUCAUAAAUCAGACCUCACAAGGCAUCAGACAAUGUUCAAAGGGGAGAAAUCAUACAGAUGCCAGGAGUGUGGGAAAUGCUUUGCUCAAAAUUCAGAUCUUACAAGGCAUCAGACAACAAUUCAUACAGGAGAGAAACCAUACAAAUGUCCGGAGUGUGGGAAACGUUUUGCUCAAAAUGCAGAUGUUCGGAAGCAUCAGAAAGUCCACACGGAACUGAAACCAUACAAAUGCCAAGAGUUCCUUCUGAUGCACCAGAGAGUCCAUACUGGAGAAAAACCAUACAAAUGUCAGGACUGUGGGAAAUGUUUCACCAGGAAAUCAACCCUUCUAAUACAUCAGACAACCCAUACAGGAGAGAAACCAUACAAAUGUCUGGAGUGUGGAAAAGGCUUUGCCCAAAACUCAGACCUUCGGAAGCAUCAGAAAGUCCACUCAGCAUUGAAACAACACAAAUGCCACGAUAGUGGAAAAUGUUUUGCUCAAAACUCAGACCCUAGGCAGGAUCAGAAAUUUAACACAGGAAAGACACCAUUCAAAUGCCAGGAAUGUGGAAAAUCUUUUGAGUGUGGGAAAUGUUUUGCUAGGAAUUCAACUCUUCUUAUUCAUCAAACAACGCAUUCGGGCAAUAAAUCUUACAAAUGCCAAGAAUGUGGGAAAUGUUUUGCUCAAAAAUCAGACCUCAGCAGGCAUCAGAAAAUUCACUCAGGAGAUAAACCAUACAAAUGCCAGGAGUGUGGGAAAUGUUUCACCAGGAAUUCAACUCUUCUUAUUCAUCAGAGCGUCCAUUCGGGCAACAAACCAUAUAAAUGCGGAGAGUGUGGGAAAUGUUUUGUUCAAAGUUCAGACCUCGUAAGGCAUCAGAGAAUUCACUCAAAUGAGAUACCACACAAAUGCCAGAAGUGUGGGAAAUCUUUUGACAGUAAUUCAAUACUCCUGAUGCAUGAAAGAGUCCAUAUGGGAGAAAAAACAUUCAAAUGCCUUGAGUGUGGGAAAUGUUUCGCUAGGAUUUCAACCCUUGUGAUUCAUCAAACAAUCCAUUCAGGCAACAAAUCUUACAAAUGCCAAGAAUGUGGGAAAUGUUUUGCUCGAAUAUCAUACCUAAGUAGACAUCAGAGAAUUCACUCAGGAGAUAAACCAUACAAAGGCCAGGAGUGUGGGAAAUGUUUCGCCAGGAAGUCAACCCUUCUUAUUCAUCGGAACGUCCAUUCGGGCAACAAACCAUACAAAUGCCGAGAAUGUGGGAAAUGUUUUGUUCAAAAGUCAGACCUCGUAAGGCAUCAGAGAAUUCACUCAAAUGAGAUACCAUACAAAUGCCAGAAGUGUGGAAAAUCUUUUGACACUAAUUCAGUCCCUCUGGUUCAUCAGAGUGUCCACACAGGGGGAAAAACAUGGAAGUGCCAGCACUCUUCGGGUGGCGCCAUCUUGGACGUGGUCAAUGUCAAUUUAGAGGUGCCGGUAGAACUUGAAACAGAGGAUUUUUCCGACAUCGAGGACUUCUUGGUCGAUUUGUCGGCAGGCUUGGAAACGGAGGGCACAUAG